AUGAAGGCCCGCGCCCCCAGCGUCAAGCUCGGAGUGUUCUUUUCCGGAGGAGAAGCAGAGGACGGCGAACUACCGGACGAAACCCCCAGGAAAGUCUCGACGUCUUCCUCAAGAAAGACCGAGAUGUGGCUCCCUCCUCCCCAUGAGGGAAUCGAGGGCAAUGAGGGAGUCGAGGGCAGUGCCGGUAGGCGGUCGCCUUACAGCAGUCCUCCAGGUAGAGGAGGAAACGGAGCUCGACAUCCGCCCAGGUCGCCUCCUAGGGAGCACCCUUACAGAGAAGCUUCAACAGUUAAAGCCUUGCCGAACGAGGUCUACAGUACUGCAGGUGGGCCAUCGUCGAGGAAGGCGCCACCACCUCCAUCCACACAUAACCUCCCCGCAAAACCUUCAACAAUUGUGACGGAUCGACUGCCUGCCUCGAUCUCUCCAGAGAAACAGGCUCCUCGACAUUCGUCCAACGGAAUUCCCCGUCGCCCUUCAACGAGUCUUUCAGAGUCUGGUAGAAAUCACGAUUUGCCGCCAGCCCCCGCUACCUAUGGCGAACCACAUAGGAGGCCACAUUCGCCUCCAUUGCCUCCACGACUUGAAUCAAAGGCUGAACCAUCUGGACCGCCCCUGAGGGAAUGGGAUCAGGGCAAGGUAGAUCACGGGCACAGUCGAGGGCCCGAGGAUUGGGAUAGGCCCCGGUAUCCAAACAGAAGUGAGAGGGAUGGCUGGGGGGAUGGCCGGAAUGAUAGGCGCGAGCGUGAUCGCGAAAGUGAUGGUCGCGCCCCCUACAAUAGGGACUAUCGCGAUGACCGUGGCUAUAGACGCCACGAUCCGCGAGACUAUGAUCGGAAUUGGCAUCAGUCGAGACGGCGGACCCGAAGUCCUGAUUACCACGGCCCUCCGGACAGCCACCCACACCGAAGGCAGCCAUAUCGUCCUCUAUCACGUUCCCGAUCACCCCCAGAGAAACAUGUCUCCAAUUACAGCAUGGUGCCAUCCUCCAACUACGACGUGCCACCGCCGUAUGGUGCGGAAGAAUCAAAGUACUCGAAAGAUGAAGCUCCAGAGAAGGACGAGUCUGCCUCAAAGUUCCGGCCCAUCACGUUGAAGAGAGAAAAAGUCCGUCGCUCCGACGAUACUCGCGCUGCUUCAACUGCGUCCCAUACUGCUGAAUCAGCACGUCCACCGACACCUGAUGCCCCUCCCCCUCCACCCCUAUCCCCUCCGCCUGCCACCCCUCCAGCCCCGCCGACUGUGCCCCACGCGCCGCUGUUACACCAAGACAAGACGCGCCCACCAUCGCCUGAGCGCGAGGAAGGCGAGUAUGUUGAGCCGCCGCGCGAUAAGAAUCAUAAGGAGAAGGGCAGGGAUAGGAGGAGGGAUCAUGAGCCAGAAAGAUUUGGAAUGAGGACGGUCAAGGAGGAGGAGGAGGCGUAUGGAAGAGUGUUUGUGGGAUCGUCAACCUUGAUGGGAUACGAGACGGGUAGGAAGUUGGGAGAAGGGACGUUUGGUGUGGUCACGCAAGCAACAGAGAGGAGCACUGGACGAGAAGUGGCUUUGAAGAAGAUUACCACGCAUAAUACCAGGGAUGGGGCGCAUAUCACCACGUUGCGAGAGAUCAAGAUCUUGAAAAGUCUUAACCAUCCUAAUGUGGUCCCUCUCAUCGAUAUGGUCAUGAGUCGAGGUAAUCCCCAAAACAGAAAAGUCAACACCGAGAUGUUUAUGGUGUUUCCCUAUAUGGACCACGAUCUCUGCGGUCUUCUGGGCAACCCCGAUUUUCAAAAACGCCCCAGUGUCCACAAAAGCCUCAUGAAGCAGCUCCUCGAAGGCAUGGCAUUCAUCCACGCCAACAACAUCAUCCACCGUGAUAUCAAGACCGCCAACAUCCUCGUGAAUAAACAUUAUCAGGUCAUGAUUGCAGACUUUGGUCUGGCGAGGCCUUGGACGAAGGAGGCGGAUAUGCCACCGCAUCUCGCGAGAGAGUAUACCAAUAUGGUGGUGACGAGAUGGUAUCGUGCGCCGGAACUGCUCUUGGGAGCUACCCGCUAUACCCCUGCUGUCGAUCUUUGGUCAAUAGGCUGCGUACUGGGAGAACUGUACAUGAAGCGCCCGCUCUUGCCUGGUGGCGGUGAUAGAGAACAGUUGGCGAUGAUUGUUGCUAAAUGCGGACCGUUGAGCCAAGAGACAUGGCCAGGAUGGAGGAGUCUACCUGGGUUUGUCGAUGCGCCAGGGCACGAUUGGGAGCGAACACCGAGGGAGAGGCAUAUUGCGGAAGACGUUACAGCUUAUGGGUUGGAUAGGGCGGGAGCAAACUUGCUUGGAAAGCUGUUGACGCUAAACCCAAGUCAAAGACCAACGGCAAGUGAGGCAUUGGAUCACCCUUGGUUCUGGAUAGAACCUCUACCCAUCAAUCCAAAAACGGAGGCUCCACUGAGACUCGAAUCUUCACACGAAAUGUCGGCCUGGCAUCACAAGCAGCCCGCUGCGCCCGCUCAACCUCCGCCCCAACCUGUCAUGCCCCCGCGCGUCGGAUUCUCUCACGCCCCACAAGCCAAUCCUUAUGCCAAUAAUCCUUACGCCGCACCACCAUUGGCACCAGUCCAACAAUCGCUCAAUAACUAUCCUCAUCAGUCGCAGCACCAGCCUGCUCCCAACCCCUAUCAACCGCUUACGGGUCAUGUCCCGAAUCAGUCUCAACCUGGGCAUAAUGCAUAUCGCCCUCGGCCUGCAUAUGCGCAACAGCAAGCGCAACAAGGCUACUCGCAGGCACAGCCUUCUAUACAACCUCUUGCCACAGGCUAUGGUGCCGGACCGCCUGUGAGCUCAAACUUGAGUGGUGCUGCACAUGCGGCGAUGGGGUAUGGUAAUGGAGGAGGGUAUGGUGGUGGUCAGUCAGGGGGUUACGAUGGUGCAGUGCAGGGCGGUUACGGUCAGCCUUCCCUGGCGCCGCCACCACCGAACAGCUUUCCUGCCCCCCCGCCAUCAGGGAUGCGGGCUCCCCCGGGUAGUCUUCCGAAGCGACCAACCGGCCCACCUCCCGGGUUCUCCUUGGCCGGAGGAGGGGGUGGUGCCCCCCGGAACAGGCCACCUCAAAAUCAGAAUUUCGGGAAUGGCGGCGGAGGUAACGCGCGUAAUGGUGGCAGCUAUGGUUACCAGGCGCAGCCUGGCCAUAUGAAACGAGAGCAUUCGGACGAACAAUUCAAUGCCAACAAGCGGCACAAGCCGGAUAUGACGACGGGGGGCGGAGGGGGCGGUCUGCCAUACUAGAGUGAUGGACAUUAGAAGAUGUGGAAGGGUUCCAGAAGGGGCGGCUGGAUAAUUAUACAAUAUAGCAUUUCAUCUCGACGAGAAACAUCUUGCAUAGUGCAGAAUGUCUUUGUACUACCUAGAGCUAUAGCAGUUGCGAAAUGUACGUUAUCUUAUAGUGUCAUCUUCCAAUGACAUGGGCACCCCGCUGCUUGCACCCUCAUAGGUGCAUCCUCUGCAUAGUCCGUGGGUUGCUGCCUAUGACCUGCCGUUAGAUGAAGGAGUCUGGGGAAAUAUUUUGCACAAAGAAAGAUCUGGCAUCCGCAUCACCGUGUGUCAAAGAUCUGCAAGAUCUGGUCGUCAAGCAUAACCACAUACUGGCGACAAGCAACGACAGGGGGUUAUUACCUCGUCUCGGUGCUCGGUUUGUUUGUGUGAAAGAUUCAGUCAAGUCUUGUCGACGGGUGACCUCUCAGUAGGCACAGCGGUGGUUGCUGCUUGUAUCAUGAUGCUGCACAUCCUGUUCAUGAACAGGCGGCCAUAAGCUGCAGACCAGCACGGGCAGCACGGGAAGCAGGCCUCAUGUAUCACUUCAUGCAUAUAAUCGAUGAAGAGCAUACCUCUCGAGCUACACUUACCGGUAUCGCAAUCGUUUUCAGAUCUGUGGCUUCGGAUGACGACUUCUCUUGCUGAAACUCGGGUGCCUCUCUCUUCGUGCAAGCACCAGCAUCUGGCAUACACUCGGAAGCUUUUUACCAUCAUAUGCUGCGGCUUUCGAAUACGCCAGGAUUACAGCCAGCAAUAGCAAUUGGGAUGAUGUAUCGGUGAUGACGCCUGACGGUAGAAGAGCGGACGGAGAAAGACGUUGCUGC